AUGAUGAAAAUAAUGAAAUAGAUAUUUCAUAAAAGAAUAAUUUAAUUUAAAAAGAUUAGCGAUAAUAAAUGCCUUAAAUAAAAACAUUAAAUGAAUUGUUAAAAGAAUUAAACAUAAAAAAAAAUAUUAAAAUGGAAAAUAGGCAAUUCGAAAUACAAGAAAAUUGUAUAUAAUAGGAAAAGUAAUAAAUUUAUAUUAGUAUAUUUUUUUUUUAAAUAGUAAAAUAGGAUUGUUUUAGAAUACACAGUAUAUACAAUAUAAAGUUAUGUAAAUAAAUAUGAAAUUGAUAAUGUUUAAAGAAGAUUUAGUGAUUUUGAAUCAUUAUAUUAGGAGCUUGUAUAUAAAUAUCCAGGAAUUAUUAUUCCAGCAUUACCUGAAAAGAAUGUUUUAGUAAAAAUUUCAUAUUUAAAUAGUUUUAAUAGUGAGUUUUUAGAAGAAAGGAAAAUUAUGCUGACCAUUUUUCUUUAGAAUUUAUUAAAUCAUCCUAUAUUAAGAUAUACUAAGGAGUUAAAAUCUUUUGUUAUGGAUUCUUAAGAGGGUUAUAAUAUACAAAAAGAAAAUAAUUAAUAACUUAGAAAUUAAGAAGAAGAGAAUAGUACUGGAUAUUUUUAAGUAUUUUAUAAUGCCUAUAAUAAAAUAAGUUUAGCUUUUGGUAAUUCAAAUUAAAAAAGAAGAAGGAUUUUGGAUGAUAUUGAUGUCAAAUUUAAUGAAUAUUAAGCUUAUUAUUCAUAAUAAUAUCAUAAAGCAAAAGAGCUAUUUGAUAUUCUUAAUAAUAUUUUCAGAUGUAAGAAAUAAUAAGCAGAAAGUAUGGCUUAAAUCUCAGUUGUUUUUAAUGAAAUGAAAAAUGAUAUAGAUAUACCUCAAGGAUUAUAAAAGUAAACGGAAACAGCUGGUUUAAAUUAAUUUAAUUAAGUUUAAAAUUUAAUUAAAAAAUAUGGAUACCGUUUGAAAGUAUAUAUAAAGAAAAUUUGAUAGUUUUUGUUAUUUUAUUUAAUUUAAAGUACAUGGUUUAAUAAUUUAAAAACUGCAUAGAAAUACUAGAAGAAAGAAAGAAAUUAGCAGAAAUUACUUUUUAAAAUGAGCAAGCUUUAUUUGAAAUAAAGGAUAAUAUUGAGAAAUAAGAAGAAGCUGAAGCAUUAUAAUUAAAAAUUGAUAAAUAAUAAAAAUAAUUAAGAA